ACAGCUGCAAUCGCAGUGUGACCAAACCGCUGCACCGAUCUAUCGAUAUACCAGCGUUAUCGUGCUCCUUUCAUCGCCAGCAAGUAGCGGUCGAAUGUUUUUGCGUAUAAUUUAAAGAAAACGUUUAUUUGCGUAGCAGUUCACCCCUAGCAUCUGUUAUUGUCCAUACGAGCAGGCAAUAACAAAAACACGUGCAGUCCAGAACGAAGACAAAACAAAGAUCUGUUUCGCACUGCAAGAAGUGAAUAAAAAAGCCUCAUUAUGGGAAUGGUAACGAAGCGUAAGAAGAUGCACUAUGGUGAUACGCACCUGCAGCGUCGCUGGCGCGUCCGAAACCGCCGUCGCGAUCUGGACCAAAUCGAUGACGAUCUUCGCACCCGCAGCGGCGAGUUAAUCAAUCAAAACGUUGACUUGGAGAAGCCAGGCUUUGCCCAGUUCUACUGUGUGCACUGCGCCAAAUACUUCAUUGACGACGCAGCCAUGCAGGGACACUUUCGCACCAAAGUUCACAAGCGGCGCCUCAAGGCCCUUGAAAUAGAACCGUAUAGCAUAGAGGAAUCUGAGCGUGCCGCAGGUCGCGGCAGCUUUCAGAAGGCCAAGAAGCGGGGCAUAGAAACACAGCCCACAAAGGAGGAAGUCAUCGCCGGAAAACGCAUCAAAGUUGAGGAGAAAGUGAAAAUCACAGACACCGAUUCGACACCAGCAACAAAUCCGGCCAGGGCGACGCGCAGCAGACCCCAAAAGAUGGAAACUUAGCAAACCUAAGCUUUUGAUAAAAUGUAAUAAAUAUGAGCCCGUUGAGACGAGAUAUUAAAUAAAACCCAACUGGGAUUGGAUUGAGUUGUUGUUACAUUUUGA